AUGGUAGCGGUAUGGUGGGCAUGGAAAUGGAGGUGUGGGAACAUUUUUGGAGAGACUAAGUUGUGGAGGGACAGAGUGAAGUUUGUUCAGGACUACACAAAGGAGGUGUGGUCUGGUGCGAGCGCGAGUAGCAGUGUGGAACUCGCGAGCAGGCAGGAGCGUCUGGUUUCAUGGACGCCACCGUUGGUGAGUUGGGUGAAGUUAAACACGGAUGGCGCAUCACAUGGUAAUCCAGGGUUGGCAACGGCUGGUGGAGCUCUACGGAAUGGUGAUGGUCAAUGGUGUGGGGGAUUUUCUUUAAACAUUGGACGUUGUACAGCCCCGUUGGUGAAGUUGUAG